GAGUUGUCGGGUGAAGUAUCAAAGAACAUCCCAUUGACACUCUCGUUGCCUUCAAUUCUCAAGCACGCCGGCGAGACUGACUGUGGAUAUACUGCAAUCAAUAUGACAGAAGUGGAGUAUACGGAACAGAGCUUGCUGCAUGAGCCAUACAAUCCCCUCUAUAAUUUCUGGCACUCGACCCCAGUCUUUGUCAAACAAGACAACAGCUAUGACCGAAGCGUCUUUCAAGAACGACCACUCCUAGGCCCACUUCUUUUUGAUAACAACGCAUCCGAUGCGCGAGAUCACGCUGCCAAUGAGAGGACGUUCUUGUCAUGGUUGCGGUUGUCUAUCUAUAUGGCCAUCGUGUCGGUCGCCAUAGUCAUGUCAUUCCAUCUCAAGACCAAGCCCAGCGAAUUAGAGAGGCGAGUUGCUUUGCCGUUCGGAAUUAUUUUUUGGCUUCUUGCAAUUGCCUGUCUUAUAUCUGGAAUAGCAAACUAUAUCAAAACUGUAACACGAUAUAGUAGAAGGGCCGCGCUGGUUCAAUCGGGGUGGAAAACGCAAAUGGUUUUCACGGUUGUGGCGUCAGCUAUCGUAGCAGCAUGCGUUCUGUUUCUCUCUACGAACGCAGUGUCGAGUCGUUAAGCACAUAGACAUUCAUGCUUCCACCCUCAAUUAGUGGGGUAACUAUUUCCUCGUGCAGAAAUACGCUACACUCAACAUCCCAAAGCCCAAAUCCAUAACGCCAGUAGAUGUUGCCCUAAUCCAUCU